GGAAGAGAAAGCCAUGGCCGAAGGCAACGAGCUCAUGAACAGGCUCAUGAGUGAGAACGCCGACCUCAAGAAGCAGGUCCGCCUCAUGAAGGAGAACCAGAUGCUGAAGCGGCUGCUCAGCGAGAACUGCCAUGACAACAGCGGCCGCAGCCGAGAAGGUCGGGACAACCGCGACUUCCUCUUCCCCAAAGUCCCCGGCUACCCCGAGGCCUGCUCCCCCGGGACCGGAGUUGCAGAAUACGGCAGGAUCAUCAACAUCCCCGAGACGACGUCCAACCAGCUGCAGCCUUCGGCCCUGGAGGACCUGCUCUACUCGCACAUCAACAUUUCCACUGAGGAGGACACGUCCUCCCCCACCUGCAACACCCCCUCCCAGGUGGCCUUCAAGGGCUUCCUCAGCCCCCCCGACAUGUACUCCUCCAGGACGACAGAAAGGAAGCUGAGCCAGCUGCUCAGCAGCAUGCAGGACUCCAUGAUCGACAAGCCCAUGCCCGAGUCCAAGGAGAUCCGGCAGAAGAAAGUCUGCUUCUCCGACAGCGGCCUGCCCGGAGGGGACAAGAUGAGAAAAAGCUACUACUUAAAUGAAAUACAGAGCUUUACGGGCGCUGAGAAGGACGGGAGGAUCGUGGGGGAGAUCGCCUUUCAGCUGGACAGACGGAUCCUGGCAUAUGUCUUCCCAGGAGUGACAAGGCUUUAUGGGUUCACUGUGUCCAAUAUCCCUGAGAAGAUCAAACAGACUUCCAUAAAAUCUUUGGAUGGCUCCGUGGACGAGAAGAAGCUGCGAGACCUAACUCAUCGCUACCUGACGCUCACCACCCGUCUGGAGAAACUUGGCUACAACAGGGAGGUCCACCCGGUGUUCAGCGAAUUCUUGAUCAACACCUACGGCAUCCUGAAGCAGAGACCUGACCUUCGCUCCAACCCCCUCCACAACAACCCGGCGGCCCUGCGCAAGCUGGUGAUCGACAUUGUGCCCCCCAAGUUCCUCGGGGACUCCUUGCUGCUCUUGAACUGUCUGUGUGAGCUCUCCAAAGAAGACAGCAAGCCCCUGUUUGCCUGGUGAUGAGGCCAUGAGGG